AUGUUGGCCGUGCCGCUGGUGCUGGCUGUUCUACACAGUUCUGUCUCUGAGUCAGCGCAGACCUCUACACUUUCUGCAGCUUCUGCGCCCUUGCGUCUUUGUGGUAGUGCCUUGGUAAACACGUUGGAACUUGUCUGCGAAACCUACAAUAAGAGAUCAUCACCAUUGGAUUUCGAUAGUAAUGCUUUAGCAGACGACGAGGAGCCAGUAGGUGUGUUCCGCACCCGCAGGUCGGCGCUGCGGCUCGUCCCCAGGAGCUUCACCAGGCACAGGCGAGGGGUUGUCGACGAGUGUUGUCACAACUCCUGCACCAUCGAGGAGCUCGCUACUUACUGCAAGGUAUCCAGGAUCUAGCACCACCCUGGAGUUAUGCGUUAGUCCUCU